UGUAGCAAAUGGACAAUGCAGUGCACACGUUUGAGCAGUUGGUCCAUCAGAGUCUAGACGGCCACAGCACGGAGGAUCUCUGCAAGACCAUCCAGCGCUGUCAGGACCGUGUACUCAAAAAAUAUGACUAUGACAGCAGCACAGUGAGAAAGAAGUUCUUCAGGGAGGCUUUGCUUCAAAUUAUUAUACCGUACAUGCUGAAACAGCUCUCCCCUUCGUGUUCACCGGUUGGUACAAGGAGUCAGCCUUUCUCAGUGACGUUGUUUUAUUGUUUUUUUCCAUUGUUUUUAUGCUAAUAGGUCAUUUUUCCUACUGUUAGUCUUUUAAUAUUUCUCAUAUGUUAAUGGGGCUCAGGCCAAAAAUGGCACCAAAAGAGAUAAAAUG